AUGCCUGAAAAAGGAGGAGUUGUUUUAAAAAUUAAACAUGCAGCGGAAAAUUACAACGAAGAUAAGAAAGAUGGAAGAACUAUUGCGAAGAAGCAAAUAGAAGUUGAACACAAUGCAGCAAAGGCCAUUAUGAAUUUAAGACAUAGAAGAGAUUGUAAUGGAGAGGUAACCAGGUUUUCUUGGUGUAGCGAUCCAUUAUGUAGAAUGUGGUAUGAUAUGGCUCAAUUUUUUGGUUUUUUGGGAGAAGAUAUAAUUGAUACAGACAUUGAUAAUGCAAUUAUUUCUGUAGCAGAUGGAGGUAGUGGAAUAUAUGAAAGGUUAAUAGUACUUGGACAGAGAAUUCUAGAUGCAACAGGGAAGGAAUAUGCAGUAAAAAAAUACAUGAAUUCAGGUAUUGAUGGACUACCAAAAGAAAUUAAUAAAAUAAUUGGAGAAUCAAACAAAAAGUUGCUUGUUUUUCUAAAAAUGCGUUGUUUAAGUAAUAAAAUAUGUUCUAUUGAAUGCCUAUCUAAAUUUGCAAAACGAUAUUGCCAUUAUUGUAAAGCAGAGUUGAACUCUGAUGCAAAUAAAUGGGAUGAUAUUAAAUUAUCUAAGUAUGUAAAGUUCUGUAUAUCAUUUUGUAUUUAUGGCCAAGGAAUAAUAGACUGGAAUAAUCCACUAAAUAUUGAAAAUAAACUUUGUCAAAGAUUCCCUUGGUUAGAAGUAUUGAUAAGAAGUAUGGACAUGAGCAUAUUAAAUCCUUCUGUGCAAGAAGAUGGAAAGUUCCUUUCGACAGAAGGAAUUAGGAAUGCAAAGAUAUUGGGAAUUUUAUACAGACAUUUUGGCUAUAAUAGAGGAAAAAAAGAUAUUCCUCCCAGAGUUUUGUUUGCAUUAAACACACCUGAAGGAUCUCAGUUACCAGAAGAAAAAACUGGGCAAAUGAUUUUUAGUCAUUACAUUAGUCAUUAUUUCAAGGCCGUAGCCGCUGAACACGGGUUCACCGGAAUUGAUACAUUACAGUGGGUAGAGAAAGAAAAGAAUAUUUUAUUAGGAAGUAAUGCUGUCGAGUUAUUUGCCUUAAUAGAUUUGGAACUUGGCGAAAUUUAUUCCAAUGGUGUACCAUUAAAAAUAGAAGAGAAAUUUUCAAGGUAUAGAGGGCUGUUUUUUUCAUUAAUUGCAAAUAUGUUUGUACUGUGCGAGGAUGAUAAGAACGCACAAAAGUGGUUACAAGAGUUAGUAACAUGUGUUAGGCAGGUACAGCUUUAUAUCAUAGAGUUUCAUGAAUUCACUAAUUCGGAGUCUUUACAGAAAGCCAAUAACAUUCCUCAAAACGAAGUUUUCACUAUUUCAGAUACAUCGCUUGAUCAUACUCAUGUUCCUGACAUUUUUUCCGAUUUAGAACCUGAAGAAAUUACAUCAUUUAUUGGCUUACUUGAAAAGUGUAAAUCCCCAGCUAUACUUGAUACUUUAAAAGAACUAGCAUCUAAUUCAAAAACUUGCAUUAAUGCUUUCACAGAAAUUGCUGCGAUUCCAAAUAAGUGGAUUAAGGAUAGCAUCAUUAAAGUGGCUAAAUUUUCCAACCAUGAGAUGAAGAAAAAAGUUAGAGAGUGCAAUAGUUUCAACUUUUUGGGUGAAUCGUGCAAUGUAGAAUCAGAUAGCAGUGAAUCUGAACAUUCAAAUAUAAAUGUAAAGAAAUAUAAUGAUAAAAACAAAAAAAUUAAAUCAAAAGAUAGUAAACACAAGAUUUCAAGCAAAAAUAUAGAUUUAAAUAAGAAAUUAGAGAAUUCAACAAAUAUCCUUUGUGCAGAGGCUUUAACCCCAAUUUUGAAACCUGUGACAUUCAAAGUUCCUAAUGGUAGUCUUGGUGUAGAAAUUCAACCAGUCUCUCUAACAUUUAUUAAUGAAGAAGGCUGUCCAAUUCAUUAUACUUUAAAUCCAAACUCAAGCAAUAUUCCAAAUGGGAUUGUAAAACCAAUAAAUGAGAUAGUUAAUGAAAAUACGAAAGAUAAUACGAUGAUAGAAAAUGGAAAAUCAACACCUAAAAGUAAGUCAUUACAUGUUUUUUCGAGAAAUAUUGGUAGAAGUAGGUCACCGAAUCAAAAAAGUUUUGAAAGAAGAGAACAUGGAUUAUUUAUAUGUGGGGACGUUUCUCAUCAAAUCGAAGAAGGUAAUAAUCUCAUUAGAGUUUACGGAGAUAAAAGAAAUUAUGUUUAG